AUGACCAGCCACCGCCGCCGCCCCCUCCUCCGCUCUCGCUCGUCGGCGGCGCCGCCGCUGGACGACGACGACCUGCUCUCCGAGAUCCUCCUCCGCCUCCCGCCGCUCCCGUCCUCCCUACCCCGCGCCUCCGCCGUCUGCAAGCGAUGGCGCUGCCUCGCUUACAAUCCAGCCUUCUCCCGCCGCUUCCGCCUCCACCACCGCCGCAACCCUCCACUCCUCGGCUACUUCCGCGCAGGUAUUCCCAAGCUCUGCUUCCAACCCACCAUGGCCGCCCCCAAUCGCGUUCCGCCCGGGCGCCUCUCCUUGAAGUUUAACUCCUACGUCCGAGUACUCGGGCGCCGCCAUGGCCUCGUAUUAAUCUUGGAAUGGCCCCAACUCUUGGUGUGUGACCCCGUCACCGGCCACCAGCACCGCCUAGCCUAUCCCCCGGAGUUCGAUCCAGACAACUCUUUGAUCAAUGGGGCGGUGCUCCGCUCUGCUGCCGGUGCCGGAGACGUCCACUUCCAGGUCGUUUUGGUAGGGUCAGAUUAUGAAAAAAAGCUGCUCGCCUGUGUUUACUCGUCAGAGACUGGAGUGUGGGGCACUCUAAUCUCAACACCAAUUCCAUCCGGGAACUCCCUUUGCACCAGGGUUUGUUGGGAGCACGCUGUGCUAGUUGGGGAUUCCCUUUACUGGAUACUCGCUGGUACUACUUUGUUCAAUCUCCUUGAAUUCGAUUUGAAGACGGAGAGCCUAGCGGCGUUACCGCUGCCGGCGGAUAAGCCUUAUGAUGCAGUACUCAUGAAUUGUCCUGAAGGGCGCUUCACUGUCAUGCGGGCAGAGGGUGGUGGGCUGGGUUUACUAUCUGUGUCAGGCUUCACCGCCCAAAUAUGGAAGAGGAAGACUGAUUUUGAUGGUGUUACAUCAUGGGGGAUGGGAGCAACUGUUGAACUGGACAAGCGCCUCUCCAUGGAUUCAGAGGAUUACUUAGACAUAGAAGGGUACGCUGAGGACAAUAAUUUGGUGUUCCUGUGGACUGGUAGGAGCCUCUUCACGGUCAAGCUUGAGCCAUUGCAGUGCAACAAACUUUUCGACACCAACAAUAGGGCUUGCUAUUAUCCAUUUGAAGCUGUCUAUGCUACAGGUAAUAACAUGCCUUUACGCUGCCGGUAUAAAAAAUCAAGUUACUUUUUGAUAAUUGGUCUAUGGAAUGCCUUUCGCAUCCUUUCAUGUUAG